AUGCAUGUAGAUCGUGCUGCAGCUUCUGUUCCUUUAGCGGGGGAAGCAGCACCAGCAGCUUCCGGUGUAUGCGCAGACACCCCACAGGCGGAUGAGGACAAGCAGCAGCAGCAGCAGCAGCAGCAGCAGCUGCAGUUGCUGCUGCGACCGUCGCUUGACGUCUCGCAUCAACAGCAAUUGCAUGGGCCUUCCGCAGCUGCUGCAGUAGCAGCAGCAGCAGCGGUGCCACCGUACAGCGGCCGCCACAUCAAUGCAGCAGCAGCAACAGCAGCAGCAGCAGCAGCAGCAGCAACCGCAGCAGCGGCAACAGCAACAAUGGCAGCAAGGGAGUUCUGGGCUCCUCAUGAGACGCCCGCAGCAAAGCCUUACCCAUUAGUGGCUUGCUCAGGACAAAGUACUGCUGCAGCAGCAACAGCAGCAACAGCAGCAACAGCAGCAACAGCAGCAGCAGCAGCUGCGAAAACCGCAGCAGCAGCAGCUCCCACAAUAGCUGGUGUAGCAGGGGCAGCGCGUGCAGCAAUGACCGCAGCAGCGGAACCCCCACCAGUAGCUGCAGCAGCACCUGCAGCACCAGCAGUACCACCAGCAGCAGCAGCAGCAGCAGAGGCCCUCGACAGAGACCUCAAACGCCUUUGGUCUCCUUUGGGCGCAUGCAACGCCGGGGCUGCUGCAGCAGCAACUUGUGCUGCUGCUGCUGCUGCGAGCGUUCCCACAGCGCCAACGGCAGCAGCAAGUCCAGCAGCAGCAGCAGCUGAUGCUGCUGCUGCCUUGGGGCCACAAAGUCUUGCUUCUGUUGCUGAUUGUCCCGCUGCAGCAACAAGGGCUGCGGAAACGCCAGCAGCAACUGCUGCAGCAGAAGAGGCAAGACUCGGUAUUUCUGAAGCUGCUGCAGCAGCUCCUGAUGCUGAGCAGCAGCAGCCGCAGCAGCAGCAGCACCAGCAGCAGCCGGAGCCACAGCAAGUGCAGCAGCAGCAUCUGCAACGGCAGCAGGAGCAGCAGCAGGAGGAGCAGCGGCACGAGUCAGUUGCCGCUGGUGUUGGUCAUGCUGUUGCACCAGAGCUGCUCUUUCACAGCAACAGCAGCAGUAACAACGUGAGCAGCAGCAGCAGCAGCAACGGCGACUGCAGCAACCGCAGCAGCAAAGGAAACAGCGUGCCUGGUGUUCAUGGUCGUGCAGCGGAGGUGCGCAAUAGCAGCAGCAGCAGCAGCCACGGCAGCAGCAAUAACCACGGCAGCAGCAGCAACCACAGCAGCAGCAACAGCCACGACAGCAGCAGCAGCCACGGCAGCAGCAGCAGCAGCAGCAGCAGCAGCAAGGGCGAUGCGUUUGCGGCAGCGUCAACAGCACAAGACAAGGAGUUCACCUCUCCGUCAGCAGCAGCAGGAACAACUGCUGCCGCUGCUGCCGCAGACAAUGAUGCGGCGUCGCCCUCAGCAGCAGCAGCAGCAGCAACAGCAGCUCAAAGGAAGCAACCGAAAGACCGCGUUCCUUUGAAGCACAGAGCUGAGAAGCAGCUGUAUGUCCCCGGGGCCCUUCGGCGGCAGCGGCAGGAGCAGCAGCAGGGGCCUUCUGCUGCAGCUGCUGCAGAAGCGCCGGUGGCGGCCUCUGCUGCUGAUGCCAGCAGCAGCAGCAGCAGCAACAGCAACGGAAAUGGCUGUGCGGCCGCGGGAGACCACAGCAGCACAGCAGGGCCUGUCUUUGCUGCUUCUGCCCCUGCGGCUUCCGUCUCGACAAAUGAAGAAGUGCGAGGAGCUGCUGCUGCUGCUGCUGCUGCUGCUUCUGGUCGCCGCCCCGCAGGAGCAGCGGCAGCAGCAACGCCUAAGGACGAAACCCGCAACGGCAGCUGCAGCAACGGCAGCAGCAGGGACAGAGACUCGAUGCAACAGCGGCACUGGCUUGUUGAGCAGGUGCAGUGGCGAGUCUUUCACCGAUUUUCUGCUGCGUCAGCAGCAGCGGGAGCAGCAGCAGCAGCAGCAGCAGCGCCCGUGCCGCCACUGUCGCCAGCAGCUGCAGCAACAGUAGCAACAGCACCUCUGUCGCCGGCGCUGUCACCCGCAGCAGCAGUGUCGCCUUCUGCUGCUUCUGCUGCUUCUACGGACCGUUCUGGCUUCUCUGCACGACUUGAACAUGGAGCAGCAGCAGCAGCGGCAGCAACUGCUGCUGCUGCUAAUGCAGCUGCAGCGCGAGGUAGACGGGACUCUGCAGCCGAAGGGCGCAGCAGCAAGAGCAGCCACAGCAGAAAUGGCAGCAGCAACACCAGCAGCAACAGCAACCACGCGGGCCCGAACCACAAUUUUGCUGCUGCUACUGACGCUGCGUCAGCAGCAGCAGCAGCAGGAAGGCAGCCAAUAGCACGCCUGCAGUCGAACACAAGUGAAGAAGGCAGCAGGUGGAGCUGCAGCAGUCCCUACAGCAACAGUAACAGCAACGGGCGCAGCAGCAGCAGCAGCAGGAGCGGCAGCAAUCUGCCUUCGAGAGGCAGCAAGAGCCGACCUAGCAGCAGCAGCAGCAGCAGCAACAGCAGCAGCUGCGCCAACAAAGGCCAAGUGAGGCUGCUCCACGUGGCACUUAAUGGCAUGCGGCGCUGCGAUAGAAGCACGCCGAGCCCCACACAGCAGCAGCAGCAGCAGCAGCAACAGCAACAGCAGCAGCUGCUGCGAGAGCCAGCGCUGCACGCUGAAGGGAAGCCCUCAAUUCUUCUGCCGACGCGAGUGAGUGAAGCGGCGGCGCAGCAGCUGCUGCUGCAGGUGCAGCAGCAGCAGCAGCAGCUUUCCCGCUGCUGCAGCUGCCUUUGCAGCUAA